CUGCCGCAGUCGCUCCUCCGCGCCGUCGGCUGCGAAAAAGAGCUGGGGCUGCGCAACAGCGGCCAGAUCGCGCAAGCCCCCUGCGCGGCUGAGGAAAAGACACGGCUGCUUGUUGCGUGCCUUCUGCGUCUUCAGCCUGGUGUUUGACCCUUCGGUAACAAAACCAGUCACUGAAGGUGAAAGAGGUUUGCAGGCUGGUGUUCUGUGUUUCCAGAGUUGCUUUUCCAAACCUGAAUGCCAUCUCAGGAUGUGGGCCCGUGCAAUGCAAACCUCUAAGUUCAGAAGGAAUCCCUGGAAAUGCUGCAGAAGGUUUGGCAGCAGUAUGUGAGAUUGCUUUGUGUUGAAAAGGGUGGAGAAGCAUGCAGAACAUACCCAGAAUGUUCAGUCCUGAGAGUCAUCGUCUCCAUCUUCAGGUUAACACAAAUUUGAGCCCAUUUUCAAGUAGUCGAGCCUCACAGUUACCCUGGAUGCUGUUCAUAUGUGAGCACACACUGGCUGAGACUGAGUUUCUGAUCCUCCAGCAGGGCAGAGCCUGAGCACAUUACUGCCCUAACAUCAGCCCAGGCUCUCACUUGUGUGCUGAAGCCAGCUCUAGAGUCCACUUACUCUUGCAGUCUAGACACCGGCUUUCUUUAUAAGAACAUGCCAUAGAACUUUGAAGUACACUUGCAGUUUUUAUAUAUAUUAAAUUUGCAUUUGUGCUACACAGCACACAAGUCAUAGAAUCACAGAAUCAGAAUGGUUGGAAGGGACCUUCAGUGAUCACCCAGUCCCAACCCUUCUGCCCUUCUGGGACAUCUUUCACUAGCUCAGGUUACUCAAAGCCCUGUCCAACCUUAUUAACACGUCCACUGAUGGGGCAUCCACAGCUUCUCAGGGUAACCCAUUCCAGUGUCUCACUGCACUCAUCAUAAAAAAUUUCUUCCUUAUAACCAAUCUAAAUCUGCCCUCUUUCACUUUAAAACCUUGCUGAUGAUGAACAAACAUAAUGAAAGUAAGUACUUUUGUCUCUGCAACAAAUGCUGAUUGUCAGCAUUCCUCUCUUGCUCAGUUUGUUGAUAAACAUGUUAAGAAGCAAAAGCCCACUCAUUCUUUACUGCCUAUAGACUUUGCAGCAUACUUGGUGCUUGGUUACUGUGCAGACAGCUAGACUGUAAAUCUGAAAAAGAGGAAAGACUGGAAACCCCAGGAGUCCCCCCUGUUUAUGAAGAGCAGCCAAAUCCCUAGGAAUUGUGUCUGUCUCAGGCUGCCUGUGUUAACAAGUGAUCCACCCCGCUGGCUGUCCUGUGUCUUUUGUCCUGCUCCUCUCAGAUACUGCACAAUCCUGUACUUUUUACGUACGGACAUCCUCACAGGCUUUACAGGGACCUUUAAGGACUCACCCCAAAGUGACUGAGCGCUUGACACACAAAGUCUGUUCCCUUAUUCACCCUUAGAGUCGCCCAAGUCACCUUCUCCCAGAGAUACUCUUCCUGAGUGGACCAAGGGGUAUUCCUUCCUUUGUACAACAUCCCUUUUGGCUGGAUGUGAUGGCUUCUGGACGGCAGAUUAUGGAAUCUUAAGUCUGCCUUGAAUAAAGCCCCAAUAUACCUUAGUACCUCACCUGUAGUUGUGUCUGCUCUGGGUCUAAUGAGUACACUUCCUUCUCUACACGCUGAAAUGGUUAAUACAAUGGUAAGGGAGAUACUGUGAUUACACAGAAUUUGGGAGUUCUGUUACAUGGUGAUAAUUGCAUUCAGUUAAGAGAGAGUUAAAAUCCUUCCCAAGACAGCUACUCCUUGUUCUGGAUAAAUACCAGGGAGCACCCAUCCUUUUAUAGGACUGUGGUGAGUUGACCUUGGCUAGAGGCCAGAGCUGCUUGAUCACUCCCCCUCCUUAACUAGACAGGGGAGAAAAAGUAUAAUGAAAGGCUUGUGGGUUGAGAUAAGGACAGGGAGAGAUCACUCACCAAUUAUCAUCACGGGCAAAACAGACUUAACUUAGAGAAAAAUUAAUCUAAUUUAUUACCAAGUGAAGCAGAGUAGAGCAAUGAGAAAUAAACCCAAAUCUUAAAACACCUUCCCCCACCCCUCCCUUCUUCCCAGGCUCAACUUCACUCCUGGUUUCUACCCACUCCCCCCCUCAGCGGUGCGGGGGGAUGGGGAAUGGGGGUUACGGUCAGUUCAUCACACGUUGUUUCUGCUGCUCCUUCCUCCUCAGGGGAAGGACUCCUCAUACUCUUCCCCUGCUCUAGCGUGAGGUCCCUCUCACAGGAGACAGUCCUCCACCAACUGCCCCAAUGUGAGUCUCUCCCACAGGGUGCAGACCUUCAGGAACAGACUGCUCCAGCGUGGGUCCCCCACAGGGUCACAAGUCCUGCCAGCAAACCUGCCCUGGCGUGGGCUCCUCUCUCCACGGGUCCACAGGUCCUGCCAGGAGCUUGCUCCGGCACAGGUUUCCCACGGGCCACAGCCUCCUUCAGGUGUCUCCACCUGCUCUGACAUGGGGUUCUCCACAGGCUGCAGGUGGAAUCUCUACACCCCCUCAUCCUUCCUCCAUGGGCUGCAGGGGGACAGCCUGCUUCACCAUGGUCUUCACCACGGGCUGCAGGGGGAUCUCUGCUCCAGUGCCUGGAGCACCUCCUCCCCCUCCUUCUGCACUGACCUUGGUGUCUGCAGAGUUUCUUACAUCUUCUCACUCCUCUCUCUGGCUGCAAAAGCUCUCCCAGGUUGUUUUUUCCCUUCUUAAUUAUGUUAUCACAGAGGUGCUACCACUGUAGCUGAUUGGCCAAGGCCUUGGCUAGCGGUGGGUCUGUCUUGAAGCCAGCUGGCAUUGGCUCUGUCAGACACAGGGGAAGCUUCUAGCAGCUUCUCGCAGAAGCCACCCCUUUAGCUCCCCCUCUACCAAAACCUUGCCACACCAACCCAAUACAGGGACCAAGGUCUAGGAUGUUAGCUUUCAAAUCCUUUGAUAAGAAGAAGGGUGGGAACUAAGAAGUAAGGGUUUUUACUGAAUUUACUUCAAACCUAGUCUUGUAGGGUAGUCCUCAGGUAGAGUACAAGUUGCCGAAACUCCACCUGAUUUUCCUCUCCCCUACAUCAUGAUCAGAGUAUCAGUAUAGGUUCAUUAGUAUCAAAUCCAGAGAAGCCACCAGAAAAAAAAGACAAACUUUACUAUUUUCCCAAGCUUUGUUACUACUUUGUUGCGUGAUUCCUGGCAAGCCACCUAAACUACUUAGAUCUCGUAUUUGCCUUUAAACAUAGGGCUUAUUCAAACCCAGGGAAAGAAAGCUGGGAUUCAGACUAAGCCAGCAAACAAGCACUAAAUUGCUGGGCAAUGUAGUUUUUACCCUGUGUUAAUCAGCAGCUUCAACUCAGAAAUCAUAUGUAAAACAACAGUGGAGUCUCACAAGAGUUUGGGCGGAAAAUGUGCUCCUAGGCAUGUCCAUAGGAUAAGCAAUGGGGACGAUACUGUCAUUCUUGAUCAGGUUGCUGUUUCUGAGCACCAUGGGGCCUGUGACAAGUCCAAAUGAAGAAUGCUGCUUCUCCAGGAUUUCUCAAUUUUCCUGUGUUUGCAUGCCAAGGACUUGCUUUCAGGGUAGCCAAAUAUGAAAUGCAUGAGAAGACUAGAGAACACCAUUCCAGUGUUGGCAUGGGAUGUUGCCAGGGAAAGGGCCAGGCCCCCCCCAAGCAGCACUUUCCCUUGCCGUAGGCAUUGUGCUCUAAGUCAGCCUUGUGAAACCUGAAUGACAGGAACUGGGUGGGACUGGGUUAUACUCUCUACCUCCAAACCUUCCUGUUUGCACAGUCACAGCAGCACCAGCUUAGCAGAAGAGACAAACUUUCAAGCUGGGGGAGCCUAAAUCCACGUGCUGGGGGAGCAUGUGUCACCCAUAGAUCUCAGAGGGCUCGGCAAUUGAGAUAAGAGUGACCUGAAGAUGAAACCAUCUGCCACCUAUGAGCUGUUAGUGGACGGUGUUGGGCCAUGGGACUUCACUGGCGGUUUUGUUCCUUGUGAGCUGCUACUUGUUGGAGAGGAUGCCUACCCUGUGCUUGCACCAGGCCAACCUCAGCCUUGAUGCUGAGUUUCUCCUGCGUGGUGUGUCGGAGCUGGAUUUGGUGACCGGGGGUGCACCAUCCUGCCUGCUGGUGCACGGCAUACUCUCCUUCCCGCUCUGCCUGGACAGCUCUCACCGCUGCCUCUUAGCUGCUGCACGCUAUGGCCGAGGACGUGUUGUAGUGGCAACCCAUGAGAGCCAGCUGUUCUCCCCAAAGCUGGCCAAAUUCCUGCUGAAUGCUGUCCGCUGGCUGGAUGCUGGGAGAAAGGGGCUGGUGGGUGUGGAUGCCAGCAUAAAGAAACUGUGUAGGCUUCUCUCUCAGGAAGAGGUGAAGUCGCAGGUGUCACAGCUGACAGAUGACAUCAGCGUGUACUGCUGCUCUUCUUACAGCAGCAGAGAGGCAGAGAGGGUGCAUGCUUUCGUGGCAGAGGGAGGUGGCCUACUGGUUGGAGGCCAGGCCUGGUACUGGGCUUCCCAAAACCGCGGCAAAGCUGCUGUGGCAAACUAUCCUGGCAACAAAAUCCUCAACCGCUUUGGGCUGAGCAUCCUGGGGCAGAGCGUCCAGGCAGCUAAGUACCCAGUUGUGAGGUCUGGGGAGCACUACCACUUCCGCAAGGCGCUCGCUCUUUUUAACAGGCAUGUAGAUGAGCAUGAGGAACUCAAGGCCCCCUUGAAGGACUGGCUGCAAAGGCUAGCACAAGACUGCACUGCCUUUCUGCACAUCCCAGCCCAAGACUGCCCUGCGUAUGCCUCACUCCACCGCAUCCUGACCAAAGUGCUUCAGAGAAGUGGGAUCCCACAAGUCAGCAAGCACUGCCCUGUCAAGAGCAACUCCAAAGAGGCAGUCCUUCUCUGCAUGGCGACUGAGCUGUCCCUCACCAUGACAGACAGUGCAGCCCUAGUGCAGAAAUCUGCUGCUGGUGUCUGUGCCCUCCCUAUCACUGUGGACAUAGAUGGCACAAACCCAGGUGAGACAGCCUGGAGGAGUACAGGACUCUACCUCCCUGAAGGGCACACAGCAGUCAUAACAUUCCCUUGCCUGGUGGUCGGUGCUGGUCUGAAGGUGCAGAUUGGGUGCCACACAGAUGACCUCUCUCAUGCCGCAGAGCUGAAACGAGCCCCAGUGGUAAUACGCACCUGUGAUAUUGCCUGCCAGAAACAGACUAUUUCCUGCCUCUGGGGUGGCCUCAUUUACAUCAUUGUACCAGCAAGGAGCGUCCUGGGUAAAGUGCCAAUCACAGUAGAAGGGGCAGUCAGAGCUCCUUUCUUCAAGCUUGGGGAGACCUGUGAAAGCCAGUGGAAGGCCUGUAUCCGGCACUACCCUGCUCCCUGGGCAGAACUCGCUGUUGAGAAUCUCAUCCUGACAGUGCCAUCUGACAGCAUCUGCCACAUGGAGAACCCACAGCCACUGCUGACCUUGUGGAAUGAGAUCAUGGUGGCAAUAAGCAAACUGGCAGCCAUACCAACAAAAUUCCCGAGGCCAGAGAGGAUUGUAACAGAUGUCCAGAUCUCAUGUGGCUGGAUGCAUGCUGGCUACCCCAUCAUGGGACACCUAGAUUCAGUGAAGGAGAUGUUAGACAUGAAGCACAUGCAAACUACUGGUCUUUGGGGUCCUGUCCAUGAGCUGGGACACAAUCAACAGCAGCAAGCAUGGGAGUUUCCCCCUCAUACCACAGAGGCCACCUGCAACCUCUGGUCUGUCUAUGUUCAUGAGAAUGUGAUGGGGAUUCCCAGGCAUCAGGCCCAUCAGGCACUUAGGUCACAAUGUCGGAAAGAAAGGAUAAAAGAGUAUCUGAAGAAAGGCGCUCAACUAAAGCACUGGGAGGUGUGGACUGCUCUGGAGACAUACCUGCAGUUGCAGGAAGGGUUUGGUUGGGACCCCUUCACCCAGCUCUUCUCUGACUACCAGAAAAUGUCCACCAUCCCAAAAGAUAAUCCUUCUAAGAUGAACUUGUGGGCACAGAAGUUUUCUCAGCAGGUGAAUAAAAACCUGGCUCCUUUUUUUACAGCCUGGGGUUGGCCUAUCAAGAAAGAGCUGUCUGUGGAACUGUCCUCUUUACCCACCUGGGAACAGGACCCAAUGAGAUCCUAUAGACCAUGAAGAAAAAAUGUCUAAACCUUGAUUCUCACACUACCUAUGGCCUAUCUUUUUCUCCGUGUGUGCUGCAUGAUAUCUCACUGGAUGCUUAGCUUUACACUAAAUUCUUUAGCUUCCUGCUGUCAAUGGAGGUCAGCCCCAAGUGAAAUUCAGGAGAAACUUGUGUGCAGCUCAGCAACCAUCUAAGCUAUCUUCUGAAGGGUUAAAUAAUGAAUGACCUUUGUUCAGGGUUCAUCACCUCAGGAGGAAUGUAAUUCUGAGUAGAUGUAGUUCCUGCAGAACCUUUCUGGUUCUGGAAAUUUUCAGGGUGGAGCAGUCCUGGAGUGGUCUCAAGGACAAUACAAAUAGAAUAUGGGUCUGUAAAGCAAAUAGUAGCCUCCACAAUGUUGUAUUCUUCAGUUAUAAUCUCAGUAACGUGAGAUUUUCACUAUGGUUUUGAUUAGCCUAAAAUCCCUAAUCUUUAAUCACUCUAAGUAUGCAGAACUUCCACACCUGCUGUGAUGAAACUGACCUUAUAAUGCUUGUAUACAGCUUAUAUGAUACUGAAAUGCUGUAGAUUUCUUCCUGCAUUGUAUGACUUUGUGAUCCAACAUCCAGCUUUAUGUAAGUCAGUUAUAAAUUGUAGCUGUCACUCUUAACCACAGCCUGACAGCAAGAUACAUGCCAUGCAAGACUGGAGAGUGGAAACAAAGAAGAGGUGACUUGAUUGUAAUCAGUAAUGGUUUAACUCGUGGACUCAUCAAAGGUUAAAACAACAGGCACUGACAUGACAGCAUGAGGGAAAAGAGAGGAGGAAGACAGCAGUUCAUCAAGACAGAGGACCGGACUUUUCCAAGGAGCAACAGAAGUUAAUCUUUCUCCCACCUCAUUCAGAAUUGUUUGGCUAGUACACCACACUGGUGACUACACAUGACAGGCAAGUGUGUUAGUGCUUAGCUUAAUAGCGUACCAGUCCCAACCCAUUUCUUGUGUAUUAGCAAUAAAUAAAAAAAUUGUUGUGAACUUGCA